AUGACGACUGCAGCAUUGUUGUAUUCUCUGAAGCCCUUGGCUUCUUACUGUUACAAACCAACUAGCACUUCAAUCCCUUCAACUGCCGCCUCUGCUGCCGAAUUCCCUUCUUUUCUCCAACUCAACGAACCUGCUAAUGCACUCUCGCUGCCGACGUGGGCUAUUCAUGUCUCCAGCGUUGUGGAAUGGAUUACAGCUAUGGCUUUGGUUUGGCAAUAUGGAGAGAAAUCUGAGUAUGAAUCUUGGAAGGGGUUCUCUUGGGGUAUGGUACCCCUGCUAGGUGGGGUAUUUUGUGUAUGCACAUGGCAUUUCUUCUAUCAUUCCGAGUCUCUUGAGGUACUGGUGGCUCUGCAAGCAGCAUUGACAGUUGUUGGUAAUUUCACAAUGUGUAUUGCUGCAUUUCACAUAUACAAUUCAUCUCAGGGAGGGCAUGAUCAUCUGUAAAAUACUGUAGCAAGGUUAUGAUCUUGUGCUUCAGUGAUUCUUUUUUCUUGUGUCCUACUCGGUCUGCAAGGCGUAAAUUUAUUCUUUAACCUUGUGUGA